AAACAACUAAACCAGCCCUUUCUCUCCCAACGAGAUGACCUAGCCGUCACCACCACCCCACCCCCCAUCUUGUCACUUCCAUCACUUCACAGCCACCGCACCCAUCGGACCACCGGACAAACUCUUGCGUCGACAUCACCCAUCUCCUAUCGCCUAUCACCUAUCACCUUUUCCCUUUUUCUUUGAAGACGUUUCCAAAAGAUGUGAGGGAGAGAUUCUUAAAUCCUUCGGUCUGGGAGAUAACCGUCCUUCAAUUCGAUGAACAAUGGUAAGAACCACCAUGCUCUACACCCUAACGACCUUUUCCCUUCCCAAUCAGUCUGAAAAGGGGAGACUUUUCACCCCUUUCACCAUCUCAUCUGUUGAAAACGUCAAUUUUUUUCCCUCUUGGAUUGGAAAUUCAAAGGCAAAAGCUUCUUGAAGAAGCUGUUGAAACGUUCCCAUUUUUCAGCUAUAAAUACGAUCACUCUAUGGGCUGUUAAGGGGCAAAGAUUAAUCGGAAAAAAAAACCUUCACUUUCACAAAGUUCAGAGAAAAUACUUAGGCUUCAGUUUUUUACUAGUCGCAACAACAAAAACUAUUCCGAGUGGAUUCGGAGACUCGACGACGACAAUAGGCUCAGUUCGCUGUCACGAAGAAGAUGGAAAUUAACCAAAACCUACCAAAUAUCCAAAUGAUAGUCUCAUCUCUUCACGACCUGCAAACAUGGUGAAGGAACAUAAAAGUGGCACACGGAGAGGAAAUUCGACAACAUCUAGGGUCGUUAAUGUCACUAAUGGGUAUCCAAGCUAACAAAACUUUCACCAAGUUGCUGAUAAAAUUUUGGGAUCCCGCCAGUGUAACCUUCAACUUUUUGGAUUUUGAGAUAACCCCUACUUUAGAGGAAGUUUGUGGAUUCACCGACUUACCAUUUGAGGGAAGAAUGCCGGUGUUAGCAUCCUUCAUAUCGGGAGAGAAAUUCUUGCGCAUUUUGGGAUUUAAUGUCUACCCGGUCUUGAGGAACGUGGAAAAUGAUCGAGUGAAGUUCGACUUUCUUUUUCAGAGAUUUGGGCGCCGAGAAAGCUUUGAUCGAUAUCGGGAUGAGUUUGCGUGUGAUCGCGGAAGGUGGGAGAAAAUGCGGCCACGAGUCUUCGCCACAACCUUGUUAGGAGUCUUGGUCUUCCCAAAGAGAGCCUACCGAAUCAAUAUUAACCUUUUGCCACUUGUUAUGAAUAUCUUCUCGGGACCGGAUGAAUUGACAUUGGUCCCUAUGAUCCUCGCGGAGACGCUCCGAGCUCUAUCAGCUUGUUCAAGAGGGCAUAACUUUUUUGAGGGGUGUAAUCUCUUGCUGCAGUUAUGGGCCACAGAACACUUCUAUACUCGCCCCCCCCCCCCCCCCCCCCCAUCAUGGAUUACUGCAUAGAUGCUCGCAGCAGAAUUCAGAGCCAUACAGAAAGAAUGAGGUACUGGCCUGAACCUAUAGGAGAAAAGGAAUGGCGCGCAUUCUUGGUUCAGCUCACGGGAGAUGCUAUUCAGUGGAAAUACCCCUGGCUGGCGGGGAGACCUUUGGUAAGAACUGCGAAUUUGUACUUCGUUGAGUUGGUCGGGUUGGACGGGAUUCAACCGUAUGCGCCUCUUAGAGUCCUGAGGCAGUUUGGAGUUACACAUGAUGUCCCAGUCUGGUCCCGUAUGGCACUGCAUGAAGGUAACUAUGAUAGGGUGGUUCCAGUAGCACGAGUGAGAAUUCUACAAAGAGAAUGGUUGAACAUGAUCACAAUUGGUAUGGGUGACGAGAGUUGGUGCACACUCGAGUAUUACGCCUGGUAUAAUGUGGGAGGCCUGACACUUUUGCCAACCGAGGACGGAUUCGAUGGGCUCACGAACGAUGAUGUAGCCACUUGGCUUACAGUUGAGAUAUUUCCUUUCAUGAACGUCAAUAAUAAUAUGUACAGGCAGGUAGUUCCGGGUUCAGUAAACCAUCUGAUACAACUGGUAGAAGAGGAAGAUCCGGUGGAGUCGGAAGAUGAGAUGGGAGAGGAUCCCGAAAAAGAACCGACAGAGCUAGAUGAACCGAUGGAAGAGGAUCCGGAAGAAGAUCCAGAGUGGGAAUCAGAGCAUAAUCUUGUAAUGGAGGUAGAGCCGGAGAAAUCACCUGAGUACACUCCAGUAGGAUAUUCAGAGGGGGAGCCGGAGGUGCAGUCCGAGUGCAGGCCUACAGUACAUGGUAUGGAGGAGGGACCUGAGUAUGAUCUAGAGGCAGGUUGGGAGAUAGAGACAAACCCAGAAGAAGAACUUGAGUACGACCCAGGGCCUGAUUAUGAUCCAGCAUAUGAUGGGGAUGACAAUGACGGCCCGACAUGGCCCUAGACUAUUUUCUUUCCCCCCCCCCCCCCCCCCUUUUUGUUUUCUUUACAUUCCAAAAGAGUGCCGUAUGGCCCAAUCCCUUUGUAAGCCCUCGUGGCCACCCUUUGCAUUUUCAUUUCAAAUUUUUAUCGAUCCAUUCCUUUUGUAUGCCUUAUGGCCAUCCUCUUUGUGUUUUGUCAACAGGAUGCCAUAGGCCUAUCCUUGUAAGCUCUCGAGUUACCUUUUGUUGGAAUGGAAGUUAUGUUUGUUCUAAAAAAAUCACAGAAUGUGUCAAAAAAGGAUCAUCAUCAUCAACUUGUGUGUAACAUAGGCUUACCUCUGGCAAAAAGAGGCUCCACGAUUAGGACACGCUUGUUUGCACGUCGACUUGACGUAAUUAUGUGAUCAAAUGUGUUACUAUACUCUUUCUAAAGCUUCCCGAACUAACUUUUGUUUUCCAAUUGUUUUUAUUUUAGUUUUAUCCCCCCAACAGAGGUUGAUUUGUGUUGAUCUUCAAACUGGCCGAGUCACACUACAAUUUGAGGUCUAAGGGAAAAAUGACUAUCACCAACGAAGUCAACCCAACUGCUAACCUUUCCAUAACAAAUGAAAAUCCAGAAAGCUCGAUAGAGAGGAUUAAUCUGAACGAUGAAGAAGAGAUCGCUUUGCUAAAGCUACAACUUGACAAACUAAGAGGAGAGCUGCGCCAAGUUCGGGACCUGACCCAUCUCACUGUGACUGCUUUCCCAAUCCCACCUCACUUUCCAUCUUUGGAUUCGUCGGUUCCAGAACACUUCCCUCCAUCUACACGUCCACCUCCAAUACCCCUUUCCUUUUCCAACCUACCUCCGGUCACUCCCGCGAAUGUACCAAAUAUGCAUAAACAAACCCCUUACGUCCCCGACUACACCCAUACUUCGCAAAACCCACUAUCAACCCAAACCACUACUGCACCUACUUACCCCACCAUGCAACACAUACUAAGGGCACACGUUGACACUUCCCACGAGCAACAUGUGCCACCAGUAUAUGCAGCUGGGGCUCCAACCUUUACCGCUCCUAUCACAGUCAGAGUCCCGUUCGAGGUGGAUCAGUAUGCAAAAAUGGAGAGAGAUGCCAAGAUAGGAGAAGACGAAUCAAUCAUUAGCCAGCUGCACAGUCUAAGGAAAGAAAUGAGGAGCAUGUGAGUCACUCGGGGAAGUGAGAGUUUGGAUUAUGAUGAUCUAUGCAUACACCCAGAUAUUGGCAUGCCAGUAGGGUACAAACCUCCUAAGUUCGAUAUUUUUGAUGGGACAGGUGAUCCUCAUGCACAUUUGAGGGCCUACUGCGACAAGUUAUUAGGAAUAGGAAGGAACGAGAAAUUGAGGAUGAAAUUGUUUAUUAGAAGUUUGUCAGGAGAGGCGCUCAAUUGGUAUACUCGCUAAGAUCCUCGCAAAUGGAGCGACUGGCAGGAUAUGGCUGGGGAUUUCAUGAAUCACUUCGGAUUCAACACUGAGAUCACACCAGACAGGUUUUCUCUAAGCAACAUACAAAAGAAGGCGACUGAAUCAUUCAAGGAUUACGCAAGACGUUGGAGAAUUGAGGCUGCUCGAGUUAUGCCUCCAUUGGACGAAAGCGAGCUCAGCAAGUAUUUCAUUCGAGCUCAGGAAGGAAUCUACUUCGAAAAGAUGAUAGGAUCAGUAGGCCAAAAGUUUGCGGAUUUGGUCAAAAUGGGAGACUUUUUGGAAGAAGGAAUCAUGUCUGGAAAGAUUCAAUCAAUGGCUGCGCUAAGAGCUGCAAGCAAGCCAUACAGUUAGGUUCCAUCAGCGAAAUUAAGAAGAAGAAGGAGGACAUAUCCAAUAUCACACCUUACUACCGACAAGGAGAGUCAUCUCGUCGAUACCCAAUAAACCCCCAAAUCUUUGCUCAUGCCCUUAUGUCCCAUACCCAGCUUAUAACGCCCAACCACAUUAUAACCCACCACGAGCCCCCACUUACCAAAACCCUUCAAGACCUUACACCCCUGUCCAAACACCCGUCCACCAAAAUAGACCACCAUAUGCCCCAAGACCUCGCCUAACUCCCGAAGUCAGAAAUACCCGAACCUACACCCCCAUAGCUGAGCCUUUAGCCUAGUUAUUUGAAAGGUUGAGGCAGCAGAAUUCUGGAAGAAGAUGCAAACCAAAGAUUAUUCAGUCGAGGAACAGUUGAAGAAGACACCCGCCCAAAUAUCGAUCAUGUCCUUAUUGAUGAGUUCUGAAGCCCACAGGGAUGCUUUAGUUAAGGUGUUGAGUGGAGUAAGCAUAUCGAAUGAGACGACGAGCGAAACACUGGCCACAACGAUCGGGCAGAUGGUUGAAGCAAACAAGAUUUCUUUCCGCAAUGAUGAACUUCCACCAGAAGGAACAGAACACAACAAAGCACUUCACAUCACCGUGAGGUGCGAAGAUAAGUUUGUAUCUAGGGUACUUAUUGAUGGAGGUUCAGGGUGUAACAUUUGCCCUUUCAACACCCUGAGAAGUUUGAAGAUGGACACGGGAGAAAUGAAAGAAAGUCGUAUAAAGGUUCGAGCUUUUGACGGGACACAAAGAGGUGUCAUUGGAGAAAUCUGUCUAUAUUUGCAGAUCGGGCCCGUGGAGUUCCCGGUCCUUUUUCAAGUAAUGGACAUAUCGUCAACUUACAACUUGUUGUUAGGAAGGCCAUGGGUCCACAUGGAUGGAGCCGUUCCUUCCACUUUGCAUCAGUGUUUGAAAUUCGAAUGGGGCUGGGAGCAAAUCGUAGUUCAGAGGGAACUUGGUCACCCUGUCUAUUCUGAACGCUCUAUUCCGGUUAUUGAAGAAAUGGGAGAGUUAGAUGGAGCUACCUUUCAUGCUGUGGAAAUCAUGCAAGCUGUAAAAAUAGAUGAGAUGGCGAGAUCUGAUGAAAUGAAGAUGUCAAGCGCGACAAAGAUGGUAGCGUCAGAGAUGUUGAAGUACGGCUACCAGCCAAAAUCCGGGUUAGGCCCAAAAUUUAAUGGCAUAAUUGAACCAAUCCAACUGAAGCAGCAGAAGGGUACUUUUGGGCUCGGGUAUGAUCCCAUGCUUGGAGAAAUUAGCGGCACCAAGGGGAUCUUUGUGCCAGAGCGAGUUCCUGUCUAGGGUCAGAUGAUUGUGCCGGAGGUCGAUGAAGAUAUCAUAGAAGGAAUGGAGAACCUGUUUGUGACAAUGAUCGAGGAGUAUUAUGGGGAGACUGAAGCAGAUGCCGAGACACCGACUAUUCGUGAUGCCGAACCAGGAGAUAUCUUGCAGAAUUGGACUGUCAGCCCAUCCUUGGUUCGCCGGGAGUCUUGGUAGUGUGGAAUUGUAGUUUGUUUUCAAGAUAGCAUGAUCAAUUGAGGCUUGAAUCAUGCCUGCGCUCUUUUGUCAUCCGCCUCUUUCUUUAAAAGCAUUGAAUGCUUCUUUAAUGAAAAUGCAUUUUUAUUUUUCUAUUAAAAUAUCAUAUCUUACUUAUACUUGCUUUUCUUUUUCAGCACUCAAACUAGUAAAAAUAUUCAUUCUAUGA